AUGCUUUGCAUUUUUGUUUUGUUGUUUCUAUUUUCAGGGUCACACGAAUGUCAAGUGUCUUUUAGAGGUGAGGGCUGUCUGUUCAAGGAUUAUACCCUAUGUGAAAAGAAUCCAGACCACAAAGACUUCAUUCCCGUUGACAAGUUCACUAUUGAUUGUCUGCCCCUGCGCUACCAAGAAAGCCACGUGGUACAAUGUGUUCAGUCUUUGGGAAAACUGGUUGUUCUUGUAACGGUUACCCACAUAAGUAGUAACAGACCAUUGUUUGAUAUAAACACAAACAGACCGUACCCGUUCGCUGAAUACAAAGGAGCUGAUGUAAUGAGAGCAGGAAGCGGCUGGUUAAGGAAAGUACACAUAUAUGGAACACUUCAGAACGGAAGUUGUUCUGGUAAGGACUGCAGCUUUUCCACGGUUCCUAGCGCCCUAAAGGCAGAAUUCACGAUAAGAACGGCGGCACAUGUUGUCUUUGAUGUUGACGAGGCUAGACAUACAGAGUGCACUUUCUUCUACAAUGAUGGCCUGGAUGUGGAGUAUUGCCCAACUGCGCUCACUUUUAGUGGCGCGAUUCGCGCUGUCAGUGAUAUUCAAGGAGACUGGUGUGAUUUGACAUUUCUUGUGUGUGAUAAGUGUCAUCCUGAGAUGUUUGCUAAACUUAUUGAAGACAACCGUGAACUGCAUGAGAAAGUCUGGAGCAAUUACCCACCAGAUAGUACUGAUGACCAUCUGAACCUAGCGGUUAUUGUAUCGCACCCUCAUGGGUGUAGUAAGAAGAUAAGUGUUGGGAGGUUUAGGCUUAGGGAGGAGCUAAAGAUGCAUGACCAUUUUACACAUUAUAUAUACACUACAGCUACCUGCACUGGUUCUAGUGGGGCUCCUGUUUUUAUUCUGGGGAAGUCUAGAAGGUGGCCAUGGUGCUCUCAUCCACAUGCCGGAAACUGUGAACAUGAUAAGACACUGAACUACAGCGGUGUGGGAUCAAACGAUGGGCAUACUGGGAGAGUUGUCCAGAAGUCAAGCAUCUGA